AUGGCCUGUCCCAUCACCGUCAGCAAAUUCGUCGGCACCGUCUCCCUGGGCCUGUUAACCGGCCUAUCCUACUCAUCCGCCACAAUCACCCUCCCCUCCCUCAAACUCCUCCCAACCGCCUCCGAUGCCUCGCGCUCCCUCAGCGAAGUCAAGCGUCUGAACCGGAAACAUGGGCUCCGUCUCACCAACCUCGCCAAUGGCUGUCUGCUUUUCGCAUACGGCAUUUCUCCGACCCACCGGAAACACCCGUACCUCGUCUGGAUGUGCGUCGCCUCCACCAUAGGCUCCUACGGCCUGGACUACUGGUUCCACCGGGAACUGGGCAUCAAGGCCUGGUUCCGGAGUCUCGUGCAGGACGGAUGUGGGUGCGGAUCGAGUCGCAAGGCCGCGGGCAAGAAGGAUGAGGAUUUGGUGGUGGUGGAGGCGGAGGAGAAGGUCAACGGAGAGAGUAUUGACCGCGAUAUGGAUAACGAGCGUCGGUUCCAGAGCGCUCGGGCCGUGUUUUCCGGUCUGGCGCUUGCUAUGGGUAUCGUGGGGCUUUGGGGAGAUCGGUCGUAG